GAAGAUAUCUUUUAAUUUUGAAAAGAAAGUAACAGGUAAAGAAGCAUCAUCUAUGUAGCCACUAAAAGCGCGAUUUCUAGGCCAUUAGAGAAAAGAAAAAAGGCACUUAGAAUUGGUUGAGGACCAAGGAUCAGAUCCUAAGUUGUCAGAGUGAUGCCGAGAGGCCCGAGUUCCUGGAGAUCGAAAUAGACAAUUGGCCACUGAGAGGUUCCCCAAUCCUAAGCUAAGCUGACCCCCGCCACGCAUUCUCCGAAGUGGAUUCUACCACCGAUAAUGACGUGCGUGGCGCGCGACGAUUGGCCAACCAAAUUGUUCUUGUUUCUUCAUUGAGCUAUCCGCUGCUAUAUGAAGCUCACUGCCCCCCGUCAGAUACCGCUGUCAUUGCCUCGCGAGCACGAGAGCAGCAACAACCGCGAAGCUAGUCUAAACUAGUGGAGGGUUGUGUGCAAAGUGCGAAGAAGUAAGAAGAGAGAACGCGGGACGUGCAAAUGGCUAGAGGUAAGGUGCAGAUGAGGCGGAUCGAGAACCCCGUGCACCGUCAGGUCACCUUCUGCAAGCGCAGGGGAGGGCUCCUCAAGAAGGCCAAUGAGUUAUCCGUUCUCUGCGAUGCGGAGAUCGGCGUCAUCAUGUUCUCCGCGAACGGAAAGCUCUACGAGCUCGCCACUAACGGAAUUACAAGAAACAUGCAAAACUUGAUCGAGCGGUACAAGCGAAUCGGUGUGGAAGGCCAAGCGGAGAGCAGCGAAGUGAACCAAUCUCAGGUUGCUGAACAAGAGGUUUUCAUGCUGAAGCAAGAGAUUGACCUGCUUCAGAAAGGUUUGAGGUACAUAUAUGGAGACGGAACGGCGGCGCACAUGACAUUCGACGAAUUGCAAGCCGUGGAACGGAACCUCGAAGUUUGGAUAUACAAUAUCCGCUCUACGAAGAUACAGAUCAUGGCCCAGGAGAUUCAAAUGCUCAGGAACAAGGAAGGCAUACUGAAGACCGCGAAUCAAAUCCUCCAAACAAAGAUAAUCGAGCAGAACGGGCUUUUCGACGUAAGCAUGAUGAUAGCAGAUGCUCCAUACCCACUAACCAUAUCCAACAACCAACCCAAAGUUCAAUAGGAGCCUCCCCUUCAUUAUCUUGUUUUAUAAAUAAUCCAAAACUAAAUUAGUUGCUGUUCACUAAAACUAUUGUAGUGUUCUUGUUUAGAGCAUGUUCUAGGAGUGUAUAUUUAUAUUUAUAUAUACAUAUAUAUAUUUCCCUAGUAUAGUUAUAUUAUUAUUGUUAUGAUUAUUUAAGUUCUUAAGAACUUGUUUUGCA